AUGAUUGUGAAGCAUCCAUUCUUGCGUAAUCUACUUGUUGAUGAUAUCGAUUUCAAGAAAAGUCAACAAGAAGAAGAUCGAUACCAUGCGUUGAGAAAUAAACAGAAAGAUGAAGACUCUGUUAAAAAAUGUCCAAAAUGCAGACAAAACUAUCUUCCGUCCAAGACCAGUCAUGGAUAUUGCCAUUACCAUAAUGGAUUCAUUUGGGAUCUUGAUAAUAGUGCUAAACUGACAAUAGAGCAAGCGCAAGAAAAAAUUCAAAAAGCGAAAUUAGACGCAGCCAAUGCUCCUACUGGUCAGACCGUACGAUUGCCUAAAUUAGUAUGGGCAUGUUGUUUGGGAUUGUAUGGAAGUGAUCCACCAUGUCAAGUAGGAAGCUGCGGCUUACCUGAGCAAAUUGAUCCAGAAAGUAUCAAACCAGGCGAAGAUUAUGUAGAACUCGUUCGACAACUAUUCAUGAACAGUGAACAGGCUCAAAAAAGACUUGAUGCUUUUCUUAGAGCGAAUUCAACACAACACAUCAUAAAACAGACAAAACUCAAAUAA